CAGAUCGAAGUGCCUUCAUGUGAUUAAAGCUGUCAAACCAUCUUGGAAAGGGGAGUCCUGUGAGUGUGUGCACGUGUGGGUGUGGGCACAUGCCACCUGUGUGUCACUAGUGCGUGUGCACAGCGGGGAGGCAGAGAGCCCCCGGGAUCCCUUAAAUUCCCCCUGGGAAGGGGGUUGCUGCAGGUCAGUGCUGUGGGAGCACCCUUGGGCUGCAGGGUCAGGGGAGUCACCCCUUGUCUGGUGCCAAGGGGGCACCCUCAUGCUCCAGGGCAACCCCCCCUCCCCCAGCUGUCCUGGCACCCCCUUCCCCCUCCUCCUGGCAAAAGGACCCUGAUGCCAUGGGGAUGGGUAUCCUGCCCCAUAACAAGGGGGGGGUGAAUUUACUGUGGUAAUUUACUAUCAGAUUUACCAAAUUUACCCAGCUUUGGGGCUUGGGGCGGGGCUGGGGGCACGAGUCACAAGUGCUCCCUUCCUUGGUUUGCUCUGAAUAAGGUGUCAGACACACCCCCCACCCACACCCCAGGCAGCCUGCUGCCAACGUGUAGGCAGUGGGGUGCUGCCCCCACCCCCUCCCCGUGCCCUCAUUGGCCCUGUGCCUCUCCUCAUUAGCAAAGUCUCUGUCCUUCCCGAUGGUUGCACUAAUUAUUGAGUUCAUUAGUGGCCCAGGCUGUUCAGCUGGGGGGCCCUGGGAGGGGGCGAGCCCUCUGGGCUGGCGUGGGGUCCCUCACCCCCGUGCGGCACUGGCAGUCUCAGCCCUGGAACGUGACCACCGAGCGGAGAGCAGCCCCCCAAAACGCAGCCCUGCACCCCUGCUGGCGGCUCUGCACCCAGCACUCAUCACCAUGGUGGAGCUCAGCACCAAAGUCAGCAGGACACUCAACAAGACCACGCCGGGCCUCCAGAUAUGGCGAAUCGAGAGCAUGGAGAUGGUGCCAGUGCCCACCAAAAGCUACGGCAACUUCUACGAGGGAGAUUGCUACAUCCUGCUGUCGACACGCAAGACUGGGAGCAGCUUCAGCUACAACAUCCACUACUGGCUGGGGGAGAAGUCAAGCCAGGAUGAGCAGGGGGCGGCCACCAUCUACACCACCCAGAUGGAUGACCACCUGGGCAUGGUGGCUGUGCAGCACCGUGAGGUCCAGGGCUACGAGAGCGAGACCUUCCGUGCCUACUUCAAGCAGGGACUCAUCUAUAAGAAGGGUGGGGUGGCCUCAGGCAUGAAGCAUGUGGAGACGAACACCUACAAAGUUCAGCGCUUGCUGCACGUGAAGGGCAAGAAGAAUGUGGUGGCAGGAGAGGUGGAGGUGAGUUGGAAAAGCUUCAACCGAGGGGAUGUGUUCCUUCUGGACCUGGGCCAGCUCAUCAUCCAGUGGAAUGGCCCUGAGAGUAACCGAAAUGAGAGGUUGAAGGCAAUGACCCUGGCCAAGGACAUCCGGGACCGGGAGCGUGGGGGCCGUGCCAAGGUGGGUGUAGUGGAUGGUGAGGACGAGGGCGCCUCGCCGAAGCUCAUGCAGGUACUCACACACGUGCUGGGCGAGAAGAGGGACAUCAAGGCAGCCACCCCUGAUGACAAAGUGGAUCAGAAGCUUAAGUCCUCCCUCAAGCUCUACCAUGUCUCUAAUGCCAGUGGGAACCUGGUUGUACAGGAGGUGGCAGUCCGACCACUGACUCAAGACAUGCUCCUGCAUGAGGACUGCUACAUCCUUGAUCAAGGAGGUCUCAAGAUCUUCGUGUGGAAGGGCAAGAACGCCAACAAGGAGGAGAAGCAGCAGGCCAUGAACAGGGCGCUGAGCUUCAUCAAAGCCAAGAACUACCCAGACAGCACCAGUGUGGAGACAGAGAACGAUGGGUCUGAGUCAACCCUCUUCAGGCAGCUCUUCCAAAAAUGGACUGUCCCCAACCAAACCAGUGGCCUGGGCAAGACCCACACUGUGGGCAAAGUGGCCAAGGUGGAGCAGGUGAAGUUUGACGCCACCACGCUGCAUGCCAAGCCCCAGAUGGCCGCCCAGCAGAAAAUGGUGGAUGAUGGAUCUGGGGAGGUAGAGGUCUGGCGUGUGGAGAACAAGGAGCUGGUGCCUGUGGAGAAGAGAUGGCUGGGCCACUUCUAUGGUGGGGACUGCUACCUGGUGCUCUACACCUAUUUUGUGGGGCCCAAGGUGAACCGCAUCAUCUACCUCUGGCAGGGCCGCCAAGCCAGCACAGAUGAGCUGGCUGCCUCUGCCUACCAAACUGUCAUCCUGGACCAGAAGUACAACAACGAGCCUGUGCAGGUCCGUGUCACCAUGGGCAAGGAGCCAGCCCACCUGAUGGCCAUCUUCAAGGGCAAGAUGGUGGUGUAUGCGAGUGGCACCUCGCGGGCAGGCAGCACGGAUCCCACACCCUCCACCCGUCUCUUCCACGUUCAUGGCACCAAUGAGUACAACACCAAGGCCUUUGAGGUGCCAGUCCGCGCCUCCUCCCUCAACUCCAAUGAUGUCUUUGUGCUCAAGACCCCCAGCUGCUGCUACCUCUGGUAUGGGAAGGGCUGCAGCGGGGAUGAGCGUGAGAUGGCCAAGACUGUGGCUGACAUCAUCUCCAAGACAGAGAAGCCAGUGAUCGCAGAGGGACAGGAGCCACCUGAGUUCUGGCUGGCCCUGGGGGGCAAGUCCCAGUAUGCCAACAGCAAGAGGCUGCAGGAGGAGAACCCCUCCGUGUCCCCCCGACUCUUUGAGUGCUCCAACAAGACAGGCACCUUCUUGGCCACGGAGAUUGUAGACUUCACCCAAGAUGACCUGGAGGAGGAUGAUGUUUAUCUGCUGGACACCUGGGACCAGGUUUUCUUCUGGAUUGGGAAAGGUGCCAAUGAGUCUGAGAAGGAGGCGGCAGCGGUGAUGGUGCAGGAGUACCUGUGGAGCCACCCCAGUGGGCGUGACCUUGACACCCCCAUCAUUGUGGUGAAGCAGGGCCAUGAGCCCCCCACCUUCACUGGCUGGUUCCUGGCCUGGGACCCUCUCAACUGGGCUGACAAGAAAUCCUACGAGGCACUGAGAGCUGAGCUAGGGGAUGACAGCAGCUUCGGGCAGCUCACCUCAGUGCUCACAUCCAGGCAAGAGGUCUUCACCGCAACCACCACCCUCUUUGCUGACAAACUGGAGACCUUCCCACUGGACGUGCUGGUGAACACCUCGGCCACGGACCUCCCAAAGGGUGUGGACCCCAGCAAGAAGGAGUGCCACCUCUCUGACCGGGACUUCCAGGAUGUUUUUGGCAUGAGCCGCUCUGCCUUCGGCAACCUGCCCUUGUGGAAACAGCAGCAGCUCAAGAAGGACAAAGGACUCUUCUAGUGCAGGAGCCUGGGCACAGGGACAAUGUCAGCUCAUUAUUUUUAUUAAAUAAAAUGGAGUUGGA